GCCGGCCUUCGAGCGACAGCGACGCAAGAUGGCAGCCACCACAGGCUCGGGAGUAAAAGUCCCUCGAAAUUUCCGACUGUUGGAAGAGCUGGAAGAAGGCCAGAAAGGAGUCGGCGACGGCACAGUUAGCUGGGGUCUGGAGGACGACGAGGACAUGACACUUACAAGAUGGACAGGCAUGAUAAUUGGGCCUCCACGAACAAUUUAUGAAAACCGAAUAUACAGCCUUAAAAUAGAAUGUGGGCCUAAGUACCCAGAAGCACCCCCAUCUGUAAGAUUUGUAACCAGAGUCAAUAUGAGUGGCGUGAGCAGUUCCAAUGGAGUGGUGGACCCCAGAGCCACGGCGGUGCUGGCAAAGUGGCAGAACUCUCACAGCAUCAAAGUCUUCCUGCAGGAGCUGCGGCGCCUGAUGAUGUCAAAAGAGAACAUGAAGCUGCCACAGCCGCCAGAAGGACAGUGUUACAGCAAUUAGUCACCAAGGCCCCGCCUCCCCUCCCCAUCCAACCCAAGUUUUCAUUUUCCACAGUAGUGAAUUUUCUAGAUACAUCCGUAGACCUCAAAGUACUGGAGAGGAAGCCCCACUCAGCCUUCAUCCUGGGACACUGUUCUGA